ACCUAUAUAGAUAUACCACUUCAUUAAAAAAUACUAUAUAACAUUUAAAAGCUAAGGAAGGUAACUGAACUUUAAACAAUAACGUAGGAAUUCUGAUGAUUUUAUUUCAAGUUUCACACGGACUUUACUAACAAGGAAGUAAAUUAUUUUACAAAAUAGAAUAGGAAAAAGUACUGAUUUACAAUCCGAGGAUGUUUAUUUAAGUUCUAGCUGGGUAAAGAAUAUGGGAAAUUUUCUAUCUGGGAAUAAUCAUAUGGAAAACAGAUCUUCAUUUGAAAAUGACGGACAAGACUACAGGCCCAAAACCAGUGGGUCUACCAGAAAACCACCGUGUAGACCACCGCCACCAUCGUCUAAUAGACAACCGAAAAGAUCCGGUCAAACUGAUGACAUCAUCGAAAGUAUAGACAAUCAUCUUACAGUAUUGCAAACUAGUGUCCGUACAUUGCGCGGAAACAAUUCUGAAGAGGUACAACGUCAACUCUAUAAAAUGAUGUCUGACACUGAAAAAGAUCUGGACUGUAUAAAUCAACAAAUGCAACAUAGUAAGAAUGACGGAGAUUCAAACGAAGAAGUGUUGCAAGCAGUAUUGAAACAAAACGAGAUUCUUAAAGAGAGAAACAAAAAACUAGAAUCCGAGGUAUUAAAAAGCAAUAAAAUAAUUCAACAACUUCAGUCGGAAAAUUCAGAGUAUACUUCACAGCUACGGUCUCUUAAAGUAGAGAAAGAAGAUUUACUUUUGCGACUGAGCAAAUUAACCAUCGCGGACUUAAGCGAUCGAAAUCGUCCGACCAAGCUUGGUGAAUUACACAGUGAAAUUUAUGACAAUGAAUGGACUGAUGCUUUUGAAGCUUUACAAGCUGCCAGAUGUACCGAAGAAUUUGCAAUAGAAACUCUACAUUUAACUCUUAUUAACGUUUUCGAUUUUUGCAAAAGUAAAUCCGAAUGUAUGUUGUUGAAAACAGAAGAUGCUGUAAACUUCCUGUUUGAAGAAUAUAGGCUUUUACAACAAACACAUAGAGCCCCGCAUAUGUCAAUGCCAGUUAAGAGGAUUUCCGGUAAGAAGCUUCCUUCUAAGUUUGAGAAUGAUGUUAUGCUUUACAAACGAUGGCAAGAUUAUUUUCCAAAAAGAAACAAUGCAAUCGGAAAUCGCAUGAAGAUAAAAAAGCCAGAUGAUAUUUUAGACCAUGUAAAAGUGUUGCAGAAAGGCGUAGCAGAGUCCAUGGUCCCUGUUGUUCAGGAGGCUUAUAUGACAGCAAGUUGGGUUGAUGGAAUAUUUACACCAGAACUGGAAUCUUUUAUACAGAAAUGUGUAUUUCUGUGUUGGAUGAUGGUCGUUCAGUCUCCAGCAAUGUGUUUCCAUCAGAUUGAUGCUUAUGGAUCUACCGAUUUCGAUAAGAACAUGUACAAGGAAUAUACUAAAAGUGGGGAACUGGUUAAAUUUGUUGUUUGGCCGGCGUUACUGUUACACGAGAAAGGCAGUCUUAUGUGUAUGGGUAUUGCACAGGGAGAAAACAUUUUUUGACAUUUGUCAAAAGGAAAAAUAACUUUGAAUCAAGAGAGCAAAUUUUACUGUAAAACAAUAUGUGAAAUUGAAUAAAUAUUACUUGGAUUCUACAUUGACAGCAUGUACAAAUAAGCACUUUUUGCAUUGAUCUUAAUAGAAAACUUAAAAACGACAUAUUCCUGUAAAUAAUUCAUCAUAGUUUUUCUCCAUUUCUGUCCCGUCUUUUUGGAUAAUUUCGAAAAUAUAUUCACCAGACUACAUUUCUGAGAAUAAGAGAAGCAUGUUCCCUUGCACAUUAGAUCAAAGCAAAAGUAGGUUAGAUGACUACUUGUAUAUCAUUUUGAGGAGGACAGGUUUAUUUUCUAUCAAUAUGGUGGAAAUAUUAUAAGUACUACAUACGUUAAUGAGAACCAGGUUUGGUAUAGUAUUAUUCAAAGUUAUAAGUUUAAAACAGUUGAAAUCGUGAACUCAUGAAGUUGAAAUCGUGAAUUCGUGCAGUUGAGAUGGUUAAUUCACAAGUCGAAUUCGUGACGUUAAAAUCUGGAAUUUGUGAAGCUGAAAUCGAGAAUUCCGUAUGUUGAAAACGUUAAAAUUGUAAAUACAGGAAUUCAUGAAGUUGAAAUGGCAAUACUGGUCUUUCAUACAAACUCGUUGUUAGUCUUGCAGCUUCAAUCUUUUAAUAUCGCCGUUCCUGGACGGCGAAAUAUACUAUUGACAAGAUUUAAACAGUUCUACCUGUACACUGCCGGCCUUCAGCCAACCAAAGCAAAUAAUUCAAUAUCACAUGAUAACAAAAUGGACGUCAAACCGCCAUUUUUUGUCUGGUUACUUAUCCGUACAACUAAAAAAUACCAUAAAUGAUUAUCAAUGUACGAAGUGACCAUGUACCAGUCUUUAGUCUCAUAUGCAGGAUAAACAACUUUUUUUUUACAUAUCGUUUUUGAUUAGACAAUGUAGUCUAAUAAAUAAUAUAUUUUGUUUCUUUUCAAAACUUGCACUUAAAGAAAAAAACUUUAUAAAUGCUUUCUUCCGGGCGAGUUUAAAUACUGUGAGUGUUGUUAUUGCAUCAUUUUUGCCGUUCCUUCCUAUAAAAUAGCAGGUCAGUUAUAGUCUGUUUCAGAAAAAAACUUUGCAAAGCAGUCUACGGAGUAUAUAACGUAAAUUCCAUUUAUUAAAUGUU